UCCAAAAAUAAAUAAGAAUAAAAUAUAUGAGAAUGAAAAAAGUAUCAACAAAUCAGCUAGUGAUCUAAGAAAAAAAUCAAUCAACUUCCUAGAUCACCAAUACGAUGAACAAAAUACAGACAUUUUACGCGAAGAAAUAGAAGAUAUAUAUAAUAUACAAGGAAAAAAUGAAAAGCUACUAUUGGAAGAGAAAACAAUCUAUUUAGGGAAUUCAUCAAAACUGGACUAUCAGAAUACAAAAUGUAUAUCUUCCACUAACUUACUAAAGAAAAAUAUUGUAGAAAGGAAUAUAGAAAUUGUAAAUAUAGAACAACAUCUUCAGAAAUUACUCCGAAGCAAGGAAGAUCGUAUUCGUGAAUUGGAAUUUGCAAUGGAACAACUUCAUACUAAUGUAGCAGAAGUAAAAUUAGAUUUAGAAAUGCAACGUUACAGAGAAGUACAAGCACUAGAAUUUGUUCAAAAACUUACAGAUAAAAAUGUUCAACUUUUCAACGACUAUCAAAAAUUACAAAACAAAUAUGCCGCAAUAGAAUACAAUCAAAUUCCUCUGACGGAAAACUUCGAACAAAUGAACCUCAAAAUUGAAAACCUGACAUCUGAGAAAUUGAAACAUUUAGAAGAUAACAAUAAAUUAUCAAAAUUUCUAGCAGAACAAAUGUUUAUAAAUGAUAAAUUAUCAAAUCAAAUAGAAGAAUUAAAAGGACAAAUAAUUAUACUUUCAAAAAAAUAUAAUUUUAUUAUGAAAGAAGUGUUUCGGAAGAUCCAUUUAAAUCAUUCUAAUGCUCAUGGUAUUUGUUCUUUGAAAUGAAUUUAAAUGUUAAAUAAUUAAUUUUUUAAUAACGUGCCUUCAUAGAAAAUAUGCUACAUCAGUCCUUACUACAGUUGUCCAUUGUUUUUGUAUAAAAAAAUGCCAAUA